AUGGAUAUCACUUCCGCCCAUACACUUCCUCUGGCAGAUGCCAGUCAGUUUGAAGAAUGGCUUCAAAUAGCCAUGAAGUGGAAAAUCGGAAAGCAUUACAGACGGACAUCCCCUGAAAAAGAAGAAAAGGUCGACGGGAGCAAGGGAGAACUGAUGGGACUCUCAACACCACCUGCUUCUCCCUUGAAGUCAGUAUCCUCGUCCUCUUUGAAUUCUUCAGUAUCCGUUCGAUCAGACUCAGUUACAUCUUCUCUGGCUCUUUCGACCUCCGAAGCUCCAUCUUUGACUGCGCCAUGUUUGACCUCAGAAAAAGUAGUUGCACUGCCCGAUCACAAUUUGGCUAUUAAUUCAGACGUCACUACUUCAUGGAUAGCGGACCUGCCUUAUCGUCCCAAAACGUUGGCGCCACUUUCUCCUCCUUCUCCUCCUCCUCCACCUCUAGAGCAAGAAACCGGAUUCAAGAACGACUUCUUCGAGAUCAGAAGUUCCCCAAAGGGCGGUCUAGGUUGUUUUGCAAGAAGGGAUAUCGAGUCUGGGAUUAUGAUUCACUCCGAGGAACCUCUGUUUAUAUCUUCAAUUCUACAAAUCUAUCAUAACUUCGAACAAUUGACAGCGGAAAAACAAGCUGCUUAUUUGGGAUUACAUUGUUGGCAUGGUCUCGCUAACCACAAAAUUCUUGCAAUUUUUCAAACUAAUCGUUUCCACAUAAGCGGCGGAAAAGCUGGUAUCUUUCUCAAUUCAUCCCGUUUCAAUCACGCUUGUCCUAGUUUCCGUAAUUGCAGCUACAACUACGACAAAGAUAGCAACAGAAUGAUUUUCACAGGUACCGAAGCGAUAAAAAAGGACCAGGAACUUACAAUCUCGUACGCAAGUAUCCCUAAUUCUCUCUAUGAAAACUAUGGAUUCUUUUGCGACUGUCCCGGAUGUCCACCUUCAGAUGCCGCAUAUAGAGACUGGAAGAAUGAAGAUAGAGUAAGAAGGAAUGGAGAGCGUGAUGCGGGAGGUGGAGGUGGAGUUAGAAAGUUGUUAGAUGAUGAAUUAUUGUGGAUGAAGGGAGAUUCAGUCUUGAGGAUAAUGCAGUGGUUUUAG